AUAUUUUGUUUGCAAGAUUAGCACUGCAGACUAUUCCAGAAGAUUUGGACCUACGAGAUGACAGUUUGCUUAAAAAUUUAGAUAUAAGAUGUAUAAGAAGUCUUAAUGGUUGCAGGGUAACCGAUGAAAUUUUACAUCUAGUACCAAAUAUUGACAACUUCAGGUUAACUCUGAGAGCUAUCAAACUGUGGGCCAAACGGCACAACAUCUAUUCCAAUAUAUUAGGUUUCCUCGGUGGUGUUUCCUGGGCUAUGCUAGUAGCAAGAACUUGCCAGCUUUAUCCAAAUGCAAUAGCAUCAACUCUUGUACAUAAAUUUUUCUUGGUAUUUUCUAAAUGGGAAUGGCCAAAUCCAGUGCUAUUGAAACAGCCUGAAGAAUGCAAUCUUAAUUUGCCUGUAUGGGACCCAAGGGUAAACCCCAGUGAUAGGUACCAUCUUAUGCCUAUAAUUACACCAGCAUACCCACAACAGAACUCCACGUACAAUGUGUCCGUUUCAACACGGAUGGUCAUGGUUGAGGAGUUUAAACAAGGUCUUGCUAUCACAGAUGAAAUUUUGCUGAGUAAGGCAGAGUGGUCCAAGCUUUUUGAAGCUCCAAACUUCUUUCAAAAGUACAAGCAUUAUAUUGUACUUCUAGCAAGUGCACCAACGGAAAAACAACGCCUAGAAUGGGUGGGAUUGGUUGAAUCAAAAAUCCGAAUCCUGGUUGGAAGCUUGGAGAAGAAUGAGUUUAUUACACUGGCUCAUGUGAAUCCCCAGUCAUUUCCAGCACCCAAAGAAAAUCCUGACAAGGAAGAAUUUCGCACUAUGUGGGUGAUUGGGUUGGUGUUUAAAAAAACAGAGAACUCUGAAAAUCUCAGUGUUGAUCUUACUUACGAUAUUCAGUCUUUCACAGAUACAGUUUAUAGGCAAGCAAUAAACAGCAAGAUGUUUGAGGUGGAUAUGAAAAUUGCUGCAAUGCAUGUAAAAAGAAAGCAACUCCAUCAGCUACUACCUAACCAUGUGCUGCAGAAAAAGAAAAAGCAUUCAACAGAAGGAGUCAAGUUAACAGCUCUGAAUGACAGCAGCCUUGAUUUGUCUAUGGACAGUGAUAACAGCAUGUCUGUGCCUUCACCUACUAGUGCUAUGAAGACCAGUCCAUUGAACAGUUCUGGCAGCUCUCAGGGCAGAAACAGUCCUGCUCCAGCUGUGAUGGCAGCAUCUGUGACCAACAUACAGGCUACUGAAGUUUCUGUGCCACAAGUAAAUUCCAGUGAAAGCUCAGGGGGUACAUCGAAUGAAAGCAUUCCUCAAACUGCCACACAACCAGCCAUUUCUCCACCACCAAAGCCUACGGUCUCCAGAGUUGUUUCCUCAACACGUCUGGUAAACCCACCACCUAGACCUUCAGGAAAUGCAGCAACAAAAAUAUCUAAUCCCAUAGUAGGAUUCAAGAGAACAUCCUCACCUCACAAAGAAGAAAGUCCCAAGAAAACCAAAAUAGAAGAGGAUGAAACAAGUGAAGAUGCUAACUGUCCUGCUUUGAGUGGACAUGAUAAAACAGAAACAAAGGAACAACUUGAUACAGAGACAAGUACAACUCAACCAGAAGCUAUUCAGACAGCAGCUUCUCUGCUGGCCUCUCAGAAAACAUCCAGUACAGACCUUUCUGAUAUCCCUGCUCUCCCUGCAAAUCCUAUUCCUGUUAUCAAGAAUUCAAUAAAACUGAGACUGAAUCGGUAAAACAACCUCAGGGGUCCAUAAACAGUAUCUGCCAGCUCAACCUGUUGUCUUCAAUGCUAAACAAGGAGAAUGGAAGGUACAAGACUAGACGUGGCUGACAGUGGAUUUAGUUUUUUUGGUGACCUACCUUACUGGGCUAAUCAGCACUUGAUCGGAAGUCCAGGUUAGUAUGUGAAGCCAGGAGUACUAUUAUUAUUGUGUUAGCAACAGUUGCAUUACUCUUCAAAAAAAUUACUGCCUUUAAAAAAGAAAAAAGACACCUCAAGCUAUAUUUGUAUCCAUAGUUGACAUCUGAAUUGGGUAUAUGUUUGAUGCAUUGUUUGGAAAAUUUGCAAUACAAACUGGCAUAAGAGUUCCUUAUUCUAAUGAUGCACUUUUAUGUAUUUUUUAUUAGGAAGUAGAACUAAUUUUAGAUUUUCAGCUUGAUGGAUUUUAAUUUUUUCCCAAAGAAUUUCCUUUACAAUUAAUCUUCAAAUUGGACAUUACUGUAAGGUAGUGUCCUGUUACACUUCCAAGAAGGGACAGAGUACAUCUAAUCCAGUCACAAUGAGGUAGCUGUAACCCUUCAACUGAAAGGCCAACUUUAGAGGAUACGUUUGACAUUAAAAGAACAAUCUGGAAAUACCUGGUUUUGAUGGGGUUAUGAUUCAGAAAUGAUACUGGUUUUAUUUAUAGAGUUUUUUUUUAUAGUGCAUACAAAUCAGCGAUGAACCAGCAAAUAUGUUUUUGUUCUCCCCCUUCCCCCGGAAGCAAACACAUUUUUUUAGCCUUCCUUCUCUCUAUCUCUUUGCUUUUUUUUUUUUUUUCUCGUUUGUUUGUAUGCACAAGGUAGGACUUACUUCACAAAAACCAAAAUGCCAGUAUUUUCUUAAGCCAUGAUGUGAAACAGAUGACCUUGUUGCUACAUGGCACAAACACAAAAUUGUGAUGAAUCUUGUAGGAUGACUAAAAGUAAUGUCCAUGAAGCAUGGUACAUCUUGAAUGGCCAUUUGAGCUCUAAAGAGGAAUUUUGUACACUCCACAGAACUACUAUUCCUAUCUUAUAGAAAUUGAUUUUCCAUUUUAAACAUAUGGGUAAAAAAAGCAUUUUCUCUAAGAUUUUUUAAACCAAUUUUUAUUUUUAACUGGUUUAUCAAAAUUUGUCAGUAAAUUUUACAUACAAAAACAUGCUAAAAAUCAUUUCUAACAAGCACUUGACAUCUAGUUAGCUCUCUACUCCUUUUUAGUUUGUUUUGUUCUACCAGAUUAGUAACUCUUUAAAGAAAAUAAUUUAUCAUACAGCAGAAUUCUCAUCUAUCUCUAUGAAGUAUGAGGGAUGCCAGAUAUUGAUAAACCUGGAUGAAGCAAAUCUAUCAGAGUUUUCUGAUGAGCAUGUUUUGUGAAUCCUCCAUUGUGCUCCAUUCUCUUACAUGUGCAUUUUUCAUGUUCACCUGCAGUUGCUUAAUCUCUUCCCCUAUCCUUCUAAAUUAAUUUUCCAAAAGUUGGAGUGUAGUCCUUUCCCCUUAGGCUAUGCAUUAAUUGAGGCUUUCUUUUCACCAUGACUUUAUAAUGUCUAGUAUGCGAUAUUUCUACUUCCCACAUCUUUGCUCUGCACAGUCACCUUUCCUUUCCUUUCACCACCUAAGAAAAAAGAUGGUCAGCUAACAGGCGAAUUGUAAAGGUGUCUGUGUUUGUGUAGCUUCAGAGUUAGAUUGACAUCGCCAGGCACAGAUUUAGUCUUGUCAUUUUGUUUACACAUUGGGGAGAAAAAUUUCAGUUUAUUAAGCGUUUCAUGUAACUGCAUCCAAGUUUUGCCAGGCUGGAAACUUGGACCUUUUCUGUGUAGUGACUUUUUAAUUCUAGUUUUCAUAACUUGGAGAUCAGACUGUUGCUUUCGCAUGAUGUAUGUAGUGUCUCAUGACUGAAGUUUGCUUUGUUUUAUAGUAUCUGUACUCCUUGUAUUUUUCAAGAGCUAUUUUGUAAACAGAUGAUGUAUUUCUCCAUUGAAAACACAAUAAAAAAAAACAGCACAAUCUUA